CUACGCCGCUCAUUCGCGAGUGUUCCUACGACCAGCGAUGUUUACCAACGCGGUGCAGGCGAAGAUAGCUUCGAUGGUGCUGAUCGGCGCCGGUAGCUUCAUCGUCGGCGUCACGCCCGCCUGCUUCGUCUCGCACGCCGAGCACCUGCAGAGGAAGCUGCUGCUCUCCUGCACCCUGUGCUUCGGCGCCGGUGUCCUGCUAGCCACUGCGUGUCUGCACAUGCUGCCGGAAGUGCGCGAGAAUCUCCCGGAUCACGCCGAGCUGGUGUUCACCUGCGGCUUCCUCGUGCUUUACUUGGUCGAGGAGUGCGUACACUACUUCUGCCCGAGCAGCGACCACGAGGCCAAUAGUGGUCCUGGGAAUUCUAGACAGAGGAACACGCACGAGCGAGGCGCGAACAGUCGCCACCGUUGCCACAGUGUCGGUUUCAAUGUGACUACACAAGACGAGAAGGUUUGCAUAUCCGAGAAUGAUUCGAGAUUACCGUUCGUCUAUCGGCAGACCCUUUCUGCUAACAACCUUGCUAACAACGACAAUAACGCCUGGACUGUCAGCAGCUACGGCACGGCGGGAUGCAUGCGUAACAGCAUGUCGCAGGAGGAAGCCACGUUCUUAUGCCACACGAACCAGGGUGAGCAAUGUGCCGACUUCAAAACCGGCCUCACCAGUCUCGCUCUCGCCUUGACUGUGCACGCCGUGCUCGAAGGGCUCGCGAUAGGGCUGCAAACGCAGAUCGCAGAGGUGUUACUGUUGACCGGCGCGGUGGCGUCACACAAGUUCGUCGUCGGUUUUUGCCUGGGACUGGAAUUGACGGGAAUCAGCAGGUCCGUCGCUAAAUUAAUAUUUACGAUUCUUCUGUUCGCCGGCGGAUCAGUGCUCGGCAUCGGAAUCGGCAUGUUGAUGUUUCAGGUGGACACAGAUUGGUUAAAAGUCGGGCUGCCGAUUUUGCAAGGCCUGGCGGGCGGAACGUUAUUGUACGUUACCGUGAGUGAGGUUCUGCCGAGGGAAAGAGCCAAGUGGCACAAGAGUCCGCGCAAAUACGCCGGGAUUUUGCAGUUUAUCUCUAUGGUUACCGGAUUUGUCCUUAUUUUCCUGCUCAACCGAUACGUGGGCGCGUGAAUCGAUUGUUAGAUCCUGCAAAUAAUUACAGGGCUACAGCAAGUUCGUCAGGUGGAUCGCAAUUACGCGAAAUCGAGUUUUCCUCGCUUUGUGCAAUGCUGAUUGCACUCUGCAUACGUAAAUACAGUAACCGUGCAAUACAUACUCGAGCGAGUGUUAUAAACUAAACAGUUCACUGCUAACGAAACAUUUAAAAUUUCUCUUUGAAUAUUCACAAAGAUGUCGUAAUAGAACAUUCAUAACGUACACGAUCUUUGUCGCAGUAUAUAUUUCAUUUUUACUAUAAUUUCAAUGACCAUAAUCAAUAAUAUAACUUUUCAAUCUACUAUUACAUUACAUCGCUGUUUGAGUCUCUUCACAAUCGUGAUAAGUAACGAUUUCUCAAUUUUUAUAUUACAUGCAAACGUACGUAUAUAAACAAAAAAUUGUACAAAUAACACAGACGAUACUGAUGGAAAAAUCUAUUUUUUAAUUUGUAAUACAUGCUACGAUUGUUCCUAAGAUUGCUCCAUGAUCCGAAAAAGAAACACUAGUCAAUUUCUCACCACCUUGAAUUAUGUUAUCCGAAAUGUGUUUAUGCUGAGAGUCUCGAGAGAGUAAUAACAGUCGUCGAAUAUCUUACCGUGGCAAAACACGACGAAUCGAGAGAAAAAAAGACAGUGUUUCAUCGUCGGCUCUUUAGGAGCUUACUGGACCGCGAAUAUGCCUUUUGUGUUUAUCCAGCGUGGUAAAGAAGUGCGUAAAAAUGUGCCUCCUUUUUUCCGGCCGCGAUUUCCGGUUCGUCGAGCGUUUCCGCGGGAAUUAGCGUUGCAGAGAGCCGCAUCCGACAACGCGGCGAGAGAUUAAUCUCGUCGCGGAGAGAACAUUAAUUACGCGGAACUGUUUGAGGCAGAGAUCGCUCGAGCCUCGCCGGUUCUGCCAAAUGGAAAAAAGCUUAGAAUAAGUCCCUUUACCGUACGUUCAUCCCUCGUGAAGCUUUCUCGACGCGGCGUAAAGCAGCGGCAAUUCCGCGCGACAGACUCGAUCCAUUAGCGAAUUACUCGGACGUAAGAACGAGCAGCUUUAAGAGGGCACCUAUAGCCGAAGCCUUAGGAGGAUAUAGUCGCCGUGAAAUAGAAAUAAGGAACAAACUACAUUGUGCGCGCUUAUACUAUUUUUCUUUUCUAUUCCUUCUUAUAUCUCGAUGAAAUCGAUUUUAUUGUAUGAAGUGUGUCUUUGUGUGUAUCUUUUCCCAAGCAAAUUAUUAAAAGAUAUCAUGAAGAUAUCAUGAAGAGGAAUCCUAUUUCUUUUUGGCGUUUUUUGGAAAUCUUCAAGACAUCUUUUAGUAAUUUGUAUUGUCUGCGUCGUUAUUAAGAUGAGUUAAAUUUUCUAAAUUUCCUGGAGUGAGAUUUUAUAUAAAAAAUAGAGUCGAAUUCGAGUGAGUUUUCACUGUUACGGGGUAAAUUCUUUACUCCGAGUCGUCGAAUGAAUAUAUUCACUAGAAACUGAAGUGUGAAUCUGAUAUAUUCUACCGCCAGAAGCGCAUAUUCACAUCGAUCGAUUGAAACGUUCGCUCAUAUGACGUCAGAAUCCACUCUAAUCGAGUGAAACAUUCACUCUCGUGUGUCUACGAGUAUUUUCACUAUCGCCUCGAGCGAAGAUACUGCCACUUACCACUCCAAGAAAUGUCGAGAUAACGCAACGUAAAUAUUUCGAGGUAACACCGGUGGAGCUAGAGUCAUAGAUCUUCGAUCUUCGAGACGAUACCGGGACAAUUUAAUGACACCGAGUUUAUUGUUUGGCGAGCACUCGCGACACGGUUUUCCCUCGUCUUCCCGGCGUGGAGACGCCGUCGACCGAUAUUCGGCGAGAUCUCGUUUAACGGCGCGCUUUACGGCGCGGGAGGUGGAUGCUCCCGAUGAUCGAUAGCGCACGGAGAUUAGAUCGGGAUCGCUAUUGGCGUCUACACACGCCUGGUAUCGCGUUUCAGCGUUCUUUGCUACGGAGCCGCGAUAUAAAAGCUCUCGUUCCUUUAUUAGAAACUUUAAAGUCGACGGAGCGUUAGAGCUCGGCUCGGUGCGGCUCGACGCGGCGCGGCAGCCGUCCGCCCUCGGUCUGCAUAAAAACAAGGGAGGUCGAAUGAAAUUUCAUGAAACCUAUCGUCGACGUCAACCCUCUCUCUUUCUUUCUCUCCUACGCGCUUCCUUGAACAGACGUAAUUUCGACAAAUGGACUUGUUCGUUGGAAACAAAAGAAUCCGACCACGACGGAAUAGAUAAGAAAGGAAUACUCGAGAGCGCGCCUUUCAGCAGCUCGACCCCACGCCGAUUAAUCUCUUUUUUAAAUGUCAAAGCGACUCCCUUCCUCGCUUACCUCGUCCGCCCGCGACGAGCAGUUUAUCACCGAAUCGCACGUAGUAGUAAGUUCCGCACCAACACCCACGUACGUAAUCCCGUCGGCUGGAGCUUGUUUCUCUCUCAUCGGUCUUCGUCGAGGCCACCUUAGACGUAUACUUAGUUUUUUCGAUAUUAACGAGGCUGAAGUGUGUGCAUGUGGACGGUCUCAUACGCUUUAUACUACGUUGUGAAGUUCAGCGCGCAUGUAGCUGCGCGCGGAGAGAAAGAAAGAAAGAGAGAGAAAAAGAGCGAGCGAGUGAGAGGGAGAGAGAAAGACGAGCCGCCAUGUUUGCGCGCCUCUCUCUCUCUCUUCUCGACGCAUUGCAACGGUUCGGCGUCGCGGCGAUGUCGCUCCUCAUUUUUCGUGAUUUUCACCCGUCUCCAAGGAUCCACGCGUGCCGAAUCGAUGUCGAAAGUGCUGAGUAAAGUGCCGGACACUUUGAGGUAUCGUAACAAUAGUCAAUUUCGCGAUUCUAAGUCGUGAAAACCUGCGCGUCGCUUCGCCGUGCGCCGACGCGGUAUCCGUUGAAAAAGCCGGCACGUAUUUUAGGUUAUUUACUCGUUCGUGGUGCGUCGCGUCAGAUCGCGUGCAGUCGUGAGUCGCGAGUACAGGACGAAAUAGCCGCCGUGAAGCUGAAAGAUACGCAUAAUUGUACGUACAAUCGAAUAAUGACAGCGAUCAGUAAUGAUCGGAUAUUAGGUCAUAUACUGUGCGGGAAUAAAGGUGAUUUUGAACAGGCUCCGGUUAAAUUAACGAACGGUUAAGCUGUGGGCUGAAAUUUUGACUUCACUCCGCCCUCUCUCUCUCUCUCUCCUCUCUCUCUCUCCUCUCUCUCCUCUCACUCUCCUCUCUCUCUCAACUUCUCCAACAGCAAUUUUAGUUUGAAUCCAACUACUCAACCGUUCGUUAGUUUAAUCGGAGGGUGCGAUUCGUUACACGCUACAAAUGCUUCGAAGCAUUCGCAACAUCUGGUGAAUCAAGUUUGGUCAAAGUCACUCUGAUUGGCUAUCUUGUUCGCGAUGUUCGAUCACAUCGAUCGAUAAUCGAUGGUGAUGCGCGAUGUUCAACGCGCACGUCGCCGCGCGAGCCCGCCAUUUCCUUCUUGUCGCGCGUUAUACUCACGAAAGUGCCGAGUGACCGGCUUCGCGAAUUCGUCGUGAUUUUCGGGCAGAGAACGGGCAAUCCGCGUGAAUAAUAGCAACUGGUGAUUACUGUCUCUGAUAGCAGUGUCGGAUAAUCGUUGCGUCACAAUAAUUGGUAUGUGGGAUUGCAAUUAAUCGCGUUCUCUCGUGCUAGCGAAGCUGUGUGUGUGUGUCACGUCUGUUAUCCGCCAAAAUGCGCUUUCGCAUAUCUCGCGUGGCAUUUAUUCCUACCGAGUGCAUCACGUUCCGACCGUGCAAAUCGAACAUAGCUGUUGCUAUGAACGGGUGUAAAUAAGCACGCUGCACUUAAACUUCUAAUCAUGCUCGUUUCCGAGUGCGCUUUCACGACAUCGUAUAGAUUAAACUAGAGAUCUAAUUCAUAUUUAUUGUCUCAUCGAAAUAGCUAAGUCUCUCUCUCUCUCUCUCUCUCUUUCUCUCUCUCUCUCCCCCGCUUGCUCGCUCGCUCACUCUUUCUCUCACUUUCUCUCUCUCUUUCUCUCUGCCGUCUCUCUUCUUUCUUUUUCUUAAUAUAUCCUUCAAAGUGCUUCGGCUUGAUUGUUGCGCAAGCAGCCCUUGUAAACGAAUAUCGUAAAACCACGGUAGCUUCUUGUAAAGUACUUGCGUCUCGAUGAAAUUGAGUUUAAGAUUGGAGUGUUUCAUUUAACUGUAUAUAAACGGAGAGAAUGUUAGUAAAGAGUACACUACAAGAUUUUGUAAUCGAGAAAUAGAGAUCGACAUUCUGCAGUCACUCAUUGUAAUUUCAUUUUGUAUGCGUCACUUACAUCUUAAGAAUUGAAGUGUUCUAAAACACUUGCCAUGUUUCUAGCGGAAUUUACUGUGUUCUUUAGAAAGACAGAGUCCGCCGACAGUAAGGUUUAUCUUACCGUUUUUCAAAAGAAUUUAUAUGGAAAAGCAAACUAUAAUAUUCUCUUUCCGUGCACAUACUCGUGACAUACUACGGUGUGUCUCGUACGAUAUAAGCGAUUAUUUUGACUAUAUUACCGUUCUUUUGAUAUUUCAUACCGCUUUAUAAAUAAUCCGUCAUCGUGAACAUAAUACGAAAUUUCUUCAUAUACAAAUAUUAUAAAAUCGUGGUAACACAUUGGAACGCGCCAUUAGAAGGCCGAUGCACACGUUAGCUCGGUAGGAUUUUGACACAUUUGAUGUCAUGACCAAGAUUGUCUCACAAAAGUAUAUACAUAUAAAACGAUAUAAAAGGCGUGCGGUGAAAUAUAAAAGUCUGUGCAAUUAAUCUUGUCGGUAUAGGGGUGAGAAAAUCCACACUCAGCGACACAGAUAUCGAAAUAAAAAUAUCCUCAACGAAGAGGAAGACUCGGUAUUAUUAUCAAUUCAGUGCGCGUCGUCGCAUGUAUAUUUUUAUCUAGUAUUUAGAAUAAUAGUAUACUAUAUAAAGUAUAGCAAACGCUUGUAGGGCAACGGUGUGGGCACAUCUGGGCGUGUUUAUGUAUGAAUCGUCACCGGUUUGUUGAGAGUCAGUCGGUCACCGCGCGCCGGGCAGACCGGCUGUGUCUCGCGUCGUACGAAAAUUCAUCGACGAAAUUCCCGCGAAAUCGACUCCGAAUCUUCCGAAAAGUGAGCUCACUUCUCCUCUAAACCUCUUGCUUCAGUUUGGCGCGACAGUAUCAUACGUCGAACUUUACGAAAAACAUCGUGACGCAAACUUUAUAUUCAUAAAUUGAACAUUAAAGACAAUGUGGUGUGUUCUGUAA